GGCGUACUCUUAUGUUUUGCAUGCCUUAGCGGUUAGACCAUUGACCACGCGUCCUCGAGAGGACGGAGCAUUGUUCCCACAGGACCGAUCACCGAUGGCCAAUCGUUCCUUCCUACUUUGCCAAAGGGAAAUCACCGAGAUGGGGUCCUCAACGCCCAUGCAUGCGAUGCUACGCAUCGUCGUUUUGUUUGUCGGGGCUCCAGCGGCUGUGGAAGGGCUAGCCGCCAAAGGCGUCUAUUAUUUUGACGACGAAUGCGGUCAAGGCCAAGAGACGGGAACCUACUAUCUUGCGUUUGGCUCCUACAACCCUGACCCGGAAUCGAACACAAGUUCCCGAGAGCCUUUCAAUGAAUGCUAUGUAGACACGAGCACGACCAUACUGGACGGCCGGUCCUUAGUUUACACGUGCAACCUCUCCACAGGAGAAACCAAGCUCACUGUGUACGAGGACCAGGAAUGCUUAGAUGUUUACCUGUCAACUGGCGGCACUGGUUCUUGUUCCGUUGCCGACAUAUUCGACGAUGACGAUGGUGACGUGUGCCUCGAGGAGGAGGCCUGCUCUUCCAACGAAACCUGCACAGACGACGAGCCUUUUGCACUCUCGCCCAAUGCCUUCAAUGUGGUGGCUGCCCAGUACUCCGACGACAAGUGCACAGUUCCCACUGGUGUGGAUCACGUGGUAUCGGGGUACGAUGUCAGCGCCCCUGGGUUUUCGACCGAGGGAUGUUUUCCACCAGAAUCGGAUCCAGAGGUACCGGCCCCCAGCCUUCCAUUCCUCAGCGAAUGUCUCUCUGAUGGCAGCGCUGUCAUCCAGUUGUUCGGGUUGUCCGACCUCACUUGCAGCGGGGAAGUGCAACUUGAAUACCAUACCAACUUCACUCCCCACAUGUCAUCGGGGCCAGACAUGCGCCGGAUGGCGGACGCUGCAGACUCGUGCUACCUGGUUGGCGACUACCAUUACAGGGCGGUGGAGAGCAGAGAGGCUUGA